AUGGAGCUGGCCUCUGCCUCAUUCAAUGCAUACUGUACAGUUUCAUUCAGACCAUCGCCCACAACUACUACUAGAGACCACUCCCCGUCCUUCUCUCUUACCAGGAACUCAGUUCCAGGUCCAUUACAUUUUCCUUCCAAAUUUAAAGGUUCUUAUUUGCAACUUCAUACAUUGAGGCUGCAACGUUCCUCUCUUGUGGCUGUUGUUGGUGAUACAAUGGCAGUACCAAAUGAUUCAACUAAAGAACAUAUGUUGUUUACCGAACAAUCUGAUCCCACGUCUAAUCUGGAUCCUUCUCCAAAAGAAGGGGAACACAACGAAGCAAUUGAAACCUUGGAUGACAAUAAAAUGGUUCGUGUUUGUGACAAGCUAAUUGAGGUUUUCAUGGUUGACAAGCCAACUCCAAGUGACUGGCGAAGAUUAAUUGCUUUCAGCAAGGAAUGGGACAACAUCCGGCCUCACUUCUAUAAGCGAUGUCAGGACCGAGCAGAUAUUGAGAAUGAUCCUGGGAUGAAGCACAAGCUGCUUCGGCUUGGAAGAAAGCUGACAGAGGUUGAUGAAGAUGUUCAAAGACAUAAUGAACUUCUUAAAGUUAUCAGAAAAGCACCAUCUGAGAUCAGUGAAGUUGUUUCUAGGCGUCGUAAAGAUUUCACAAAAGAAUUUUUUGCACAUCUUCACACGGUAGCAGAAUCUUAUUAUGACAAUCCACAAGAACAAAAUGAUGUGGCAAAGCUUGGGAAUAGGUGCUUGGCUUCUGUACAAGCUUAUGAUACUGCAACUGAAAGUAUUGAAGCACUGAAUGCUGCAGAGUUGAAAUUUCAAGAUAUAGUCAAUUCUCCUUCUUUAGAUGCAGCUUGUCGGAAGAUAGACAGUUUGGCUGAGAAAAAUCAACUUGAUUCGGCACUGGUACUCAUGAUAACAAAAGCUUGGUCAGCUGCCAAGGAGUCAAACAUGGCCAAAGACGAGGUAAAAGACAUAUUGUAUCAUUUGUACAUGACAGCAAGGGGUAAUCUUCAGAGAAAUAUGCCUAAAGAGGUUAGGAUACUCAAGUAUCUUCUUACAAUUGAAGAUCCUGAAGAGAGAAUGUGUGCCCUAAAAGAUGCUUUCACCCCUGGAGAAGAACUUGAAGGGAAGGAUGUAGACUGCCUAUACACCACACCAGAACAUCUGCACACCUGGAUUAAAACGGUGCUGGAUGCUUACCAUUUCAGCAGAGAAGGCACUCUUAUUAAGGAAGCUAGGGAUUUGAUGAACCCAAAAAUCAUUCAAAAAUUGGAAGAGUUGAAGAAAUUAGUCCAAGAUAACUUCAUGCUUUCUGAAGAAUUGGAUUCUAAUAGUUCUCCGCCACUCUCGGAGAAUCCGGAGCGUUGUACGUUGGGUGGUGGAUUGAAUCCCCGGACGAUGACCAGAAAAACUAAUAGCUGUGCUAUUUGCGAGAACUCGAAUCUUGCAUCUAUAUGCCCCAUUUGUGUCAAUUACAGAUUAAAUGAUUACAACACUAACUUGAAGUCGCUGAAGAGCCGGCGGGAUGCUUUGUAUACCAGAUUGAGUGAAGUGCUUGUGGUAAAGGGUAAGGCAGAUGAUCAAUUAAGUUUUAGAGUGCUUCAAAGUGAGAAGCUUGCAAGAUUGAGGGAGAAACUCCGUGUUCGUAAAGAACAACUUUCACAAGGAAAUGCUAAGAUUGAGAAGCUGUCCCAUGAUUUAAAAGUCAAAUAUGAGUCGCUGGAAUCAGCCAAGAGUAUGCUGGAAAGAAAUCGUGUAGAACAACUGGAAAAGUUCUAUCCUAAUCUUAUCUGCACUCAUCGCUUGGGGCUUAUGGCAAUUACCUCUGAUCGUCUUUAUAAGCAGUCAGUGGUUAUAAAACAGAUUUGCAAGUUGUUCCCACAACGUCGGGUGGAUAUAGAGGGAGAUAAAAAAGAUGGGUCUAAUGGCCGAUUUGAUAUGAUUUGCAAUGCACGUCUACCAAGAGGACUUGAUCCCCAUUCAGUUCCAUCUGUCGAGCUUGCUGCUUCUUUGGGGUAUAUGGUGCAGCUUCUGAAUCUUGUUGUUCACAAUGUCGGCGCUCCUGCACUCCAUAACUCUGGUUUUGCGGGUUCAUGCUCGCGAAUAUGGCAACGAGAUUCUUAUUGGGAUGCCCGCCCCUCUUCCAGAAGCAAUGAAUAUCCACUUUUCAUACCACGGCAGAAUUAUUGCUCUACCAGCACGGAAACUUCAUGGUCUGAAAGAAGCUCAAGUAAUUUUGGUGUAGCUUCAAUGGAAUCAGAAAGGAAGCCCCGUUUGGAUUCUUCUCGUAGUAGUAGCUUCAGUUUUUCUUCUGCUUCACCUCAUUCUGUUGAAACGCACAUGGACCUGCAGAAAGGGAUUUCACUUCUCAAGAAAAGUGUGGCAUGCAUAACAUCAUUCUGUUACAACUCCUUAUAUCUAGAUGUUCCCCCCGAGGCGUCUACCUUUGAAGCCUUUGCAAAGUUGUUAGCAACUCUAUCGUCUUCCAGGGAGGUUCGAUCGAUUUUUUCCUUGAAGAUGGCUUCUUCAAGGUCAUCUAAGCAAGUUCAACAACUGAACAAAUCUGUUUGCAAUGUCGAUUCAGGCAUUUCAUCAAGUGCAUUAUUUGAGAGUGCACAUACAUUGCCCAUAAUGAGAAAUUUGAAUGACACCAAUUUCCCAAGUUCUGCUGCCAGUUAUCUUUAUGCCACUGAAUUAUCUGAUAUGGGAAAGAAUGAAAAUCUUAUUGACGGGUGGGAUAUUGUGGAGCAUCCCACUUUUCCUCCCCCUCCAUCACAGGUUGAGGAUGUGGAGCAUUGGACUCGAGCAAUGUUUAUUGAUGCAACAAAGAAAUGA